UUACCUACAAUGGUUCAUGACUCUUGAGAUCUAAGGAGUACAGGGUCUUUUGCGAUGACAAUAUGACUAACAGCAAAGGAAGAUCUAUUACUAAUAACACAAGUAGUGGUCCAAGUAGUGGAGGAGGUUUAGUAGACUGGACUUUAAGCUUAAAUACAAUUCAAUCUGAUAAGUUUUUAAACUUGUUGUUGAGUAUGGUUCCGGUAAUUUAUCAGAAAAACCAGGAAGAUAGGCACAAGAAAGCAAACGGUAUUUGGCAAGAUGGAUUAUCAACAGCAGCACAGACUUUUAGCAGUCGAUCUGAGCAGCACAUGGAGUUUCACAGUUUCUCAGAGCAGUCUUUUCAUGGCAAUAAUGGGCACGCACCAGCAAGCUGUAGCCCCAAGUAUGAUGACUAUGCCAACUACAAUUACUGUGAUGGAAAGGGCACUGCAGAAGCUGCCGCCAUGUUACAGAAUGAAGAUGCAUCUAGUGAUGGGGAUGAAGACGCCAUUGUUGAAGCAAACCAGAAAUCACCAAAGGAAUCCAGUGGUGUCAUGGCAUUGCAGAUACUGGUGCCAUUUUUGCUAGCUGGUUUUGGAACAGUUUCAGCCGGCAUGGUUUUGGAUAUAGUCCAGCCCUGGGGGGUGUUCAAAAAGGUAACAGAAGUUUUCAUUUUAGUUCCUGCACUUCUUGGUCUCAAAGGGAACUUGGAAAUGACAUUGGCAUCCAGAUUAUCCACUGCAGUAAAUAUUGGGAAGAUGGAUUCACCCAUUGAAAAGUGGAACCUCAUAAUUGGCAACUUGGCUUUAAAGCAGGUUCAGGCGACAGUGGUUGGUUUUCUAGCGGCUGUGGCAGCAGUUAUACUGGGCUGGAUUCCAGAGGGGAAGUACUAUCUUGACCAUUCCAUACUUCUGUGCUCUAGCAGUGUGGCAACGGCUUUCAUUGCAUCUCUUCUGCAAGGAAUAAUAAUGGUUGGGGUUAUUGUUGGUUCAAAGAAGACUGGCAUAAAUCCUGAUAACGUUGCUACGCCCAUUGCUGCUAGUUUCGGCGACCUCAUAACUCUUGCCAUAUUAGCCUGGAUAAGUCAGGGUUUGUACUCCUGUCUUGACAACUAUUACUACAUUUCUCCGUUAGUUGGUGUCUUUUUCUUGGCUCUAACUCCUAUAUGGAUUAUAAUAGCUGCCAAACAUCCAGCCACAAGGACAGUUCUCCACUCAGGCUGGGAGCCUGUCAUAACAGCUAUGAUUAUAAGUAGCAUUGGGGGCCUUAUUCUGGACACAACUGUAUCUGAUCCAAACUUGGUUGGGAUUGUAGUUUACACACCAGUUAUUAAUGGUAUUGGUGGUAAUUUGGUGGCCAUUCAGGCUAGCAGGAUUUCUACCUACCUCCAUUUACAUAGCGUUCCAGGAGAAUUGCCUGAUGAACCCAAAGGUUGUUACUACCCAUUUAGAACUUUUUUUGGUCCAGGAGUGAAUAAUAAGUCUGCUCAGGUUCUACUGCUUCUUGUGAUUCCUGGACAUUUAAUUUUCCUCUACACUAUCCAUUUGAUGAAAAGUGGUCACACUUCUUUAACCGUGAUCUUCAUAGUGGUGUACUUACUUGCCGCUGUGCUGCAGGUGUUUACCUUGCUGUGGAUUGCUGACUGGAUGGUCCAUCACUUCUGGAGGAAAGGGAAGGACCCGGAUAGCUUCUCCAUCCCCUAUCUGACGGCAUUGGGUGACCUGCUUGGGACAGCUCUGUUAGCCUUAAGUUUUCAUUUUCUUUGGCUUAUUGGAGAUCGAGAUGGGGACGUUGGAGACUAAUAAAUCCUACAAACUGUUCUCAAGUCCCAAGGAGGAAAACAAAAGACAACCACUUAUGACUCUUUUUCAAAAAUCUUAAAUCAGUAGUUUGACUUCUACCAGGGUAAUCUUCAGUUGGCCCUGAUUCAAUUAAAUGGCCUUAACAUUUUUGUAAGGAAUUUGUGUUAAAAUCAGAAUGAACAGUAUUUGUGCUGCUUUUCAUAGAAUAAAUGGUAAUUUGACAUAGAUGUAGACACAGGCUCAAGCUCUGAAAUUAAAUAGGGAAGACUAUAGGAUGUUUACAGUGAAUAAUUUAAAAACCACUGAUGUAGCAGAAAUGUACUUUAUUAUUGUUUAAUUUAUAAUGCCAGGUUCGAGAAAACCAAGUUCUACUUUAGCCUGUCUUAUCUCACAGAUGUAUUGUCCUACAAAUCCUGCUAUAAGAUGAAAGGGACCAAAACCAAGCCUUUAAUAGUUUUAACUAUGCCCACCUCCCUGCUAGCUGAGGAUAAAUGAUCUGCGACUAGCUCCCAACCUGACUUAAAUAUGUUCUGCUGAGCAUAAGAUAAACUUACCUUUCCCUGUGCCAGUGCGAAUUUAAUUUCAGCUCUGGAAGGUCUUGGCAGGCUACCCUUUAUAAACAGAAUGACCUUGAGAGAUCUUUAAAGAAAGCAGUGGGUCAUUUUUGAUCAUUGAUUUGUUGAAAGAAUUUUGAUCUUUUUAAGAAGACUGAAUAGUCAAAACCAGAAGAUAAGCUGGGCCGCAUUUGUAGGGACAAGAUGGUGUGAGAAAUUGUGUGUGUUUGUGUGUGUGUGUGAGAGAGAGAGAGAGAACAGAGAGAAGGCAGAGAGAGAAGUGUUGGAUGGAGAGGUAAAUCUUGGAUUGUUGAUAGCAAAGAUCAUAGUGCUAUUGAAAUAUUAGCAUUAUAUAGUUAUUCUUAAACACAUUUUACUGAUAUGUUUUUGUCAUUUGGUCCACAGAUUUUGCUACUCUCCAGGAUUUACUAUUUAUUACCUAUAUUAUAAUGAAUGGUUUUUUCUUAUAAAAAAAACUACCAUUUAAUAUCACCAUGAUUAUAUUACGAGAUUUCGAAUGAACAAGUGAUUCAUUUGCUCUUUUGAAGAAGUCUCUUGGAACUUGUAGGCUUACCAUUUUAAAAGAGAAGUUGGUGGGUUACUUCAAUGAUUGGUCACGUCUGUGCAUAUCACCUAUUUGCACAGGCCUAUUUCUACAUGGGACUCUAUCAUAUACACUGCUAUGUUUCCAAUAUAUUUUUCUAAAACUCUGACCUAUAUUCCAAAACUUGACCAAUGCUUUAGUUAUUCAAUAGUUAAGCAUUUUUAUAUCACGUAUA